AUGGGCAACUGUCUACCGACCACGCAUCGUUUCUUUCGCCUUACUCGAUUUAGGCGCGUCAGAAAUGAAUCGCCUAUGAGGGUAGAUGAAGGUGUGGAAGAAGGAGAAGCAGGAGGAGAGACUAGAAAUAGUACAGGCCAUGAAGAGAUAGGGGCAGCGACAAAUAGAAUGAAACAAGCGACUAUGAGUGAGAUUUCAGCGAAAGAGAAGGAAGUCGAAGACGAGAUCGAGAGUAUAGUAGGCACCAUCACUGACACCCACAAAGACGCCGAGAGCGAAUGCUCCUCUACCUUGGGAGAAUUUAAAUCGCUCGAAAGCCUAUGUGAGGAGGAUGAAGAGUUGGAGCAGAUGGAGAAUAGCAUAGAACAGAAUACGAGUGAGAAGGCAGUAGAAGAUGAGAUUGAGAUUGAGAGUAGAGAUUAUGAAUAUGAAUACGAAUAUGAAGAUAGCGAGUGCUCAUCUAUUAGGUUGGCAACUAAGUCAUUGCCGAUUUCAAAUAAGAAGGCAAAUUCGGAAUUUUGUUUAAAAAUAUAA